GUUGAAUAUUUCAAUUAUUCAACUAUGGACGAUGUAUAUGUCUGGGGUCACUAAUAAGUUGGGGCGUUCUGAUGAUUAUGGAUUCAUUGAUCCCCAAGACAUUCAUGAAUCAAAUGAUUUUGAUCAUAUCAACACGAGAAUGAUAAGCAGUUUUCGAAGGGGCAAGAAAAUAUACUUUUUGCCUUAUAUAUCCGGGCGCCAUUGGCAACUUCUUGUUAUGUCUGUGCAAGACAACUAUGCUUUGUGGUUCUGCUCAUUGCACAGGCCUCCUCCCACACAACUCAGACAAGCAAUUGAUUGUUCUAUUCCAGCAAGUAUGAUGAUGGACGGGAGAUCAAUUGUUAAGAGUAGAAAGAUUGCUUGGAUUUCUCUCAAGUGUAACAGACAAAAUGGGUCAUAUGAGUGUGGAUACUAUGUAAUGUAUUGGAUGACCCAUAUUGUUCGUUCUCACAUCACAAGAAGCUGGGAAACGAGAUUCAAGACUACUACACCAGUUCCUGAGAAGUCACUACUAUUCAUUAGGAACGCUGCUGCGAAGUAUAUAGUUAGAUUAUACAAUAGCUCUUAGAUUUAGAUUUAAACAAUGCAUUUGAUUAGAUAGAAUUUUCUUAGACUCUCUACUUUAUUUGAUGUUGAAAUACAUUUGAACAUGUGUUUGUUAUGUUGAAAUUGAAUUUCUGUAAAUGUUUUUAUAUGCAGGUCUGUUUUUGUGGUAGUGGAUAUCACAAAAACAGACCUGCUAUUUUAAAAAACUGCAGGGGAAUAUGCCGCGGUUCUAACC